AUGAAAACAUUAAUUCACAAAGUCCUAAAGUAUCCGUGUUUGGACGGUGCUUUAGUAGCUUGUACUUUUUACGGGAACCGCAGCUGGAUAUUGCAGAUGAGUGAAAACUCCUGCUUAUAUUCCAUUUCUGUUGCUGCUGAAACUUUGCUCUCGGAACCCUUUAUAGCUUUAGUAAACUCGAGACUUGAUGAUGAUCGCCUAUUCAUCAGGGCGCAUUUUCUGUCCGCCGUCUAUUGUGUCGCUCUGUCAGGCAACGGCCGAUUGCACAUUUUCAACUUGGCCGCUGUUGUAUGCGUCGGGGUGGUUACUCACUUUCCGUUUAUCAAGGAUUUCGUCCUGAUAUCCUCGGAUAACACAACAUAUGAUCAAGCGUACCCUGGUUUACCCAAAACCACCCUGGCCAUCUUGCGUGACCCAUCUCAGUCUGAUAGAUCACUCGGAGAUUUGGAAUCCAACAAUGCUUUAAUUGAGAUAGUGCAGUUUCCGACUUACGAUGUUUUACACACGCUUUGUGUUGACAAGACAUGUUGGUUGUUACCUGGAACGGAUCUUAUUUCAUCGGGAGAAAAGGACGCAAAGCGUGUCCUCUUCGCCGAAUUGACUCGCUCUGCCUCAGGUGUCGAUAUAUUGUCUAUAAAAUCAGUCCAGUCAAUUACUCCAACAGAACGGAUUCUUAAACUAGUAGAAGAAAAGCAGUUCGACGAGGCCAAGAAACUCCUGCGGAACUUCCAUUUGGACUCCAGCGUGUAUCAGUCCGUAAUAUUGGCAGAGCUUCGGCACCACAUGGAAUGUCUCGGUCGUUCCCCUGAAUGUCCAGACUCUGAUGGCAGACAUCUCAGUAUCGAGGACGGCAACCAAUUGAUAGGAUGUUUGCGAGAGAUCGAUCGCGUGCAACUGGACGACGUUCUGCUCGCCAAGUUGAUCAGUUUGGAUAUGCCGUGUUCCGAUCUACAACAAAACUUGUUGCUGCUUCUUAAAGAAAAGUUACUUACUGCGACCGAAGACCAAAUGAGCAUCAAAAGGGAACUGGUUGCACAAGUCUUUCAUCGACUCAGACGUAUUAAGACGUUUUUGAUACUUCAUGGAUCCAGUCGAUUUGAGCCAGAGAUCUGGAAGCAGUUUGUUUAUGCGGAUGUGUACAUUCUUUUCGUUCGCUUGCUGGCAGAUGCCAAUCGGCCUGCCGGCUAUGACCUGAGUAAAGCAUUCCUGUUUUGGGAGCUUCACAAAGACGAGUUAACAUCGAUGUUGAACCAUGAAAACUUGGAACGCCUGCUGGACUUCUUCUCUCGUCGACCGUUGACAUAUCCGAACGAUGCAUCCCUCCGUGAUGCUGAAACGCACUCAGAUCUCGUUGCUGUUGAGACAGCCGUGCAACGAUGGAUUCGUGGCGAGCUCUUACCUGCUAUGGUGCGCAGAUGUCCUGAAUCCCUUACAGCAUUGGCUCAAUUCAUAGUGAAUCGUGUUCGCCAACUAGAAUCCCAUCACAUUGGCACUGCAUCGAACACUGCCCAAGCUACUGCGUUGGUUCACGAAACUUGUCCUUUUGUUUGGCCGUCUGCUGCACUCACUUGGAUCGAAGAUUUGCUCGCAGCCACAUAUUGCCCCCAAGACCAGCAGUUCCUUUGCGAAACUGCGGGCGAUACUGUUUGUCGCUACCUGUCCGGGUUGGCCAGUCUAGAUCCGGAAAUCGAUCCUUUCUUUUCGCUCAGAAGACUUCGCGAACAGCUCCUCAUCAUUGAAAAUUUAAGCACAACGUAUAAAUUACGGCUGACAUUGGACCGUUGUGACGGCGAGACUGAGGAGUCCAUCGCAUAUCGUAUCCUGGAUAUCUCCUUUACCGCUGGUACGGCCACCUCACUCCGACCGGAUCCCAUCACACAACGGUAUCUCACAGAUCAUUCAAUCGAUGAUGAAACAUUUUACAUUGGUUACUCCAUCGUUGCAAUCGACAACAUCAAAAAGCUCAUUCAUUCACCCUUCCCAAACGUAUCCCUUAUGAAGGAGCAGUGUCAACCUUCCUCCAACGAUGAUCUUCAUUCGUUGUUGCAAAAAGUUUGCAUUGUGGCCUCUUGGCUUCCUCACGGUCUGGGAAGCUGGCGUGUCGUCACCGGUCUCGCAGCUGUUCUCCCUUUGCCUUGGCCUCAGAACGUUGUAAACCUGGUGGAAACGGAAAUCGACCACUUCUCGGUGUCUGGAUCUCAAGAGAGAGAAAUCACAAAUUUCACUCGGCUUCGGCGCCUACUUAACCUAUCUAAAGUAUACCACAUUCUCCAACGUUAUGAACUUGAGCAUUUAUACUUGACGGAGGAUGACCUCGCUGACGCUUCGGAACUGCUCAAGCGUGCAGUGUAUCGUAUUUUCCUGCGUUCACGCGACUCUCCGGACAAGGCAUUCCGACCAAUCGAUGAGGUGGCUCUUAACGAUGCACGUUUGUUGACUCAAUUGCUCAUCGAUCGGCCAGUUUGGGAGCUUUAUUUCACUCGUCUCCGUGUGGUUUUGGCACUUGAGUUCGCCCUCAGUCCAACAGCCGACGAUUUAUUUACCUCCUCAAGCAUCGAACGCCGCUUGGCAUAUGCCCUGGCUGAAUUUGAUGAAGCGUGUUACAGUUUCCCUGGCUCUUCUGUUCGCCGACUUCGCUUGAGAAAGCAUCUCGUCGCAGUGGCAUUUCAGUGGAUCGGCGUGACCAGUCAGUUGUAUCCAAGUGCUUCGCCAGAGGCUCAGCUGUUGGCUGAACUUCAUGUUUGCUUGGCUCACUCGAUUGCACCAUCCAGCUCCUCUACGGUUCCUCCGCAUCAACUGCUCGCAGCUCGUUUGCGUCAGUGGCUUACGGCGCACUACUCUUGCGUUGGCAACCUCAUUGAUGCGCCAUCUGCCAAGUUGUACCGUUGCAUUCACUAUUCAGCUGGUGAUGCUCCCUUGAAUGAACGAUGCAGACUUUCUGCACUCCUCGCCUCGAGUCAGUUACAGGAUGUGGAUUUGGCUUGCGUGACAAACUUUGAGAUUCCGGCUUCUAUCAAACAACUGUAUCGGAUCACACUACCUGAAUUGCAACCUAUCUUGCGAGAACAAGUCGUUGAAUGGACCUGUUUUUCCCUGCUCAUUCGGCGUGCCACGGACCUCUCACUGGCUUGUCCUUUGAGUGCUGCAUCUGUGGCAUCAGUUUUCACCCAGCUGGAUUAUUCGCUCACACUUCUGGGCAAACUGCUGAAGUGUUUAUCAAAACACUCUACACAUCGGCACGCUUGUUACACGCCAAUCACCAGAUGUGCAUCACCAAUGAGCGGUGGUCUUCCCGAUCUUUUCAACACGUGCAACACAUGCGCUUCCUUGUGGAACUCUCCGCUUGCUCACACUGGUGCUGUGUUGAACUUGUGGUGCGAAACCCUCAGCUUUCAGCUUCUGAAGCCCACCGCGUUAGAGGACAUUUUGGACUGGGAUUCUCUGCACCGUUGGCUUUGCUACUGCUGUUCUUAUUUCGAACAGCUGGUCCAACUUUGGCACUGGACUGGUGGUCAAAGUCAACUGGCAGGCUGUUCACGCAUUUCGAGCCAAAGCACAUGCACCGGCGGAUUCCAAAUUGGCACUCCCCAGUUCACAGCCAUCCAUCAAAUCUUCCUCGCUUUCAUCGGCUACUUCCGUUCCACAGCAAGUGCCAUCUCACUAACUCAUCUUCCACCCGGUUCAUACCGACAAAGUCCACUGGAAAAGUGGAUGUAUGGCUCUCUGUUCCGGGAAACUGCUGUCGUUCCGUCCAUCAACGAGGUUGUCAAAUGUGUCAGGAUAUCGCUAACCUGGUUGAGCGACGUUUUCUCUUGGUUGUUAAACUGUCAUUCUUCUCGGAGCUCUGUGACACCAAAUGAUAGUACAUCUACUUCGCUCGGUACUUCUUCAGAGAUUUCGUUCCAGUCUCAGCUCACGAAAGGUGCCUUGGAAUUAUGUAAUUCCUGGGCCUGGACGUUUGGUUUGCCUAUUACAGCCUCCUUGCCUUUGUGCUUUGGCUUUAAUCGUUUAGUCUACGGUCGACCGGGGCAAAACCUAUGGACCUACGGUUUGUCAUCCGACAGCUUCUCGGACCCGUCAGCCAACGUCAGCGUUGACAUCACUUCCAAUCAAUGGCAUGAGCAUUGUACUCGUGUAGUUUCAUCGGCGUUUAUGAACGUACUGAAUCCACCGGCGGGCGGUUACUUGGACCAGACCUUCGCUCUCUGCUUAUCCUUAGCUACGUCCGUUGAAGAAGCUAUUGGCACAGUUCGCAAUAUCAUCUCGUCAAGUCGAAGUUCACCGAAGAAAAUGUUGGCACUCUCGGCUAUAGUGUACGCCUACCUGGUGGCCUCGUCCAACCGCAAUCCUUCAUUGCUUGAAUUAUCCCAAACAAUGGCGAGGACUUGGCACUGGACCACCAUCCUGCGAUCCUUCAAGGUGAAUAUGGUGCAAAAUGAGGUCCCCUUCGAGGACAUUUUGGAUCGUUUAUGUCGCAUGGUUCCUUCGAUAGAGCACGCCGCUUACCAUUCACCCGUUGCAGUGUUGUGGUCGAAAAAGAAGUCUUCACCGCAACCAAUCCCCUUGCCUUCUCUGCGUUUGCUUUGGCGUUUUGCGAACGACUUUCGUGUGGUGAUUGAACCUUAUCUUGUCGCUCAUCUGAAACUGUUAUUCAGCCUUCCGUUGGCUCAUCCAUCGCCUGAAAAUACCAGUAUCCAACAAUUUUGGGUAAUUAUGCGCGCCCGACCAAUUUUCAAAUACCUCUUACUCCAAAUGACUAAGGGAUCUUUGAACACCGACUUGAAGACUCUGCUGGAAGACCUGAUCCAGUCCACAUCCCCCUACGAUCAUGAACGCCUUCGUUUCAUCUUCUCUAUGCUCAGUGAAUGCAGCUCUUCGUCAGUGGAUCAACGAUGUGUUCAAUUACUCCAUCUACUUGGAACAUACCAAGGCUCUCCAACCACCUUCCCUGGCGGGGAUGAGAACGAACCCUACUUUACUGACUUCCCUCAUACUCGGGACCUUACUACCCUUCCGAUUCAGCGUCGUUUGCCCUACCAUCAGCUGUUCACGGACACACUCCCCACGAAAGUGAUCCGUUCCGAAGUACGACUUCACACUUUGAAGUUUUGGCUCCGCGUUGACAAGCUUAUGAAGUGGAAUUCUGCCGACGAUCUGCGGCUGUUGGCAGCAAGGAGUCUCAUAAAUCGAUACGAAGAAGCAAAACUACUUCCAUUGACCCAACGUGGCGUGUCGAGCUAUCGCUCGCCUUCGGCGACUCUCGGUUGGGAUCGUUGUCUUCCAUGUCUGGGUGCUACUGAGGGAUUGUUCAAGUCGCUCCGACUACUAUUGUCCUCUGUGACAAGCCGCAUGAAAGUGAUAUCCUUCUUAACAGAAAUAAAUCAGCGGCUGGUGUAUGGUCCACACAAGCUCGCAGUGGCUGAAAUCGCACGUGAUCUUGCACAGUCUUGGCUCCUCAAGGCCGAUGAAGAGCUCCGUUUGAAAUUUGCUUCGCAGUGUGAUCCAUCUGAUUCGAACAUUGCCACCCCGUCAGAUUCAGAAGAUGGUGAUAGUCUACAGACUGCAGACCAGCUUCCAGCCUCCAUUAAAUACUGGCAAGACGUGUUUGACAAGGUGGAUUCGAGGCACAAACAGUUGGCCAUUGAAGCAUGCUUGCACGAGCAUCAUCUGGUCCACUGGGACGAAGUACUUCAGAGCACACACGAACCGACGAAAUUGAUUGUGAUCCUGUUGUCAAAGCUUGCCUCUAUUGCAUCAAAGGAAUCAACCUUUUCUCAGGUCAAUGAAUGUAAGCCCGUUUAUGGUGUUGGUCUCCGAACCCGUGCACUGCGCGCGCUUCCACUGCUCGCCAAACUGGCUAGCCUCGACCUUCGCGAACUUGGCUGCCGUUUGGUUUUGGACCACCUCCAACUGCCCAGUCGUCUACUUAGCUCUAUCGGAGGGAUUUGUAUCCAUGCAAACACAACUGAUGCGAGCUUUGCCCCGGAUCUUACCAUGACAUCAUUCGUUGGUACUUCGCCCGAGGAUAUCACACUAAAUACGACGAUGUUGCCAAGUGUUGGGCCUAGUUGGUCCGAUUCCCCAUCCCCAGCUCCUAAACACUAUACACCUCCAACAACUGAGGAUUUUGUGUUGGCGGAGUUCUUAUUACGGAUCCCAGCUGUACGUGAGGAACUGCUGCCUCUGUUACACUCGUUUGUCUUAACAGAAGACUCGAGUGCCAGUUACGUCCACAGGUGGCGUGCAGCUCAAUGUGUAUUGCGUUCACAGCUUGGUUUCGUCUUCUGGCCACGUCUUUCUUCCGCUGAGCUGCACUCAACUUUAGUUCGGCUUGUUUUACUGGCCACCUGCUGCACGGUGCCUGCCCAUCAGCGAUUACUUCUCCGUCUGUCAAGGACGGUAACUUCCCAGUUGGGUCACUCAUUCACCUGUUUAUGUCCCGAAAGUGUCACUAAUUGCAUCGAGCAGUUGUUGAAUGCUGAAGUUGACCUGCACGAAGCACGAACAUUGGCCGGCCUUUUAGUCAUGGAAUUUCAAGUGACCGAUCGUUCCAUUAUCACCAGGUGGAUGAAGUUGCUCCUGUUGACUCUAAAAGAACGUGAUACAUUGUGUACAGUUCGCCUACUGCAGUAUCUCUGCUCAUCUUCCGCCCCAUGGGACGCUUUUGCUUGGCUUUGGUCUGGCGAAAUUACUCACCAACAUAUCCGGGAUCUCAUACGCUACCUUAUUGUUUCUGCUUUGAAUGAUGGCUGCAGCAGUGCGGCACCCGACAUUCCAUUUAACCGCAUAUUGUUCACUUUGCUGAGCCUUCCAUUCCACGAUCCUUUAUUUGAGCGCGUCCUCGUUCAGGUUGCUUCGCAGAUCAUAACCUCUUCUUCGUGCAGUAGUCAGAGGGUUAUAUUAUUUGUCGCUGCGCUGCAUUUGUUGGUGACAAACUCCACCGACCCCGAAGUCGCACAGGCCAUCCGAAAAACCUUUUACCAAGUAUUUGGACCUGCCGACGAGGAAACCUGGAAUGUAUUACUUGCAAAGGCUCUAUCAUCAAGCCAAUUGUAUCUAACCGUUUGUACUUUCAAAAAUGUUAUCUGAUUAAACGCGAUGUGUUUUCAUUCAUACGUACUUGUGCACGCACUGGUUAGUAAUAUCGGACAUGUACUGAAGUCUGGUAAUCUACUUUCUUUGGGGAAGCAUUUUUAUGGCUGGCGGCGUUCCUUCUCAAAUUGUACCCCUCCUAAUCGUCGACUAAAAUGCUAGCUUUUGGAUAUGUUCGUUACAGGACAGCAUGGCAUACGAUAUUUAGCCUCACCCUGUCUCAUUAUGCAUAAGAUUGAAAAAGUUUGAUUCCCUGGGAAUAAUAUCCUAACUGC